GAGCGUCUGAGCACGACGAUCUGUCGUCUGCGAGCACCGCGAGCCUUCGACAACGCUGAGAGCGAGGGACCGUCUAACUGUGGCAUGCAUCAGGCAACGGAUUUCUGUGGUCUGUGCGUUCACCGUUCAACGUUCAACGUUCAACGUUAACGUCCAACCUCCAUGUUCCCUCAUGCCUUUGUUCAAGCCCGGCUUCUUCCUCCUCUCUCCAUGGCUGGAACUUCUUACUGGGGUAACGUAACCGCGGACCUACUCCACACGCGCCCUUUUGCUGCUCUUCGAAUUCAUUGGCCACCUGGAAUGCGCAAUUACGAGGCGACCCGCCCCUAUGGAGGCAGAGGACUCUUUAUCAUCUCGCAAGAGAAGCCUCGUCCUCCGUUUCGUGACUUUUAUAUUCCGCUUACUGCUGGCGAUGAGAGGCCACCCUUGCAUCUCAAUUCCCCAUUACCAAUUGAAGGUCCUCUUUACCUACACAUUUUCCCCGCAAUAUCGGAGCGCUUCGAUUUUUUCGCCACAGAUCCUAUAGACCCAAGUUUUCAUCAGCUCGAUCCUGCUAGCAUCGAACGUUUUAUCUCAUUCUUCCGCAACGCGAGACCCCCUCGCGUCAUGUCACCGCCUCGUUCUGGUGGGUCAGACGUAGUUCAGUCGAGGUGGUCAACCUUCAGCCACCAACCUCGAGCUGAGUUUUCGAGACCUAGCAGAGGCUAUAUUUUCGAGACAACCCCUAUAUCUAACGACACAAUUACGCACACGGACACCGUCUGGAACGAAUUGCUGCGUUGUGACCAACUCAUCAAGGAUUAUUCCUGGUUUGGAGUCACCAAAACUGUCACUUGGCUCAAAAGGCUUCGUAACGCGCACGUCGAGACUAUGGAUCUGCAAUUUCCAGUGAGGAACUACGACGGAAUUGUUCCCAUUCUCCCCGACGCGUACUCUUCCACACUGUUCCACAUGACAGUUGCCAUUGACGAAGAAUCGGAACGUCAUAAGACAAUGAUGGAGCAAUCGUCAAAUGAGGACGACGACGAGGAUGACGAUCCAUCUCCAUUCGAUUCAUUUGUAGUCGUGCAUGCUGCCGAGACUAUUAUCCCUAAAUCCCCACCCAAUAUGAUCGUACUUGAUAUGUGCAGUAUCUUCUUCGACCAUCAUGCUGCCGCCGUCGUUGCCCUCGCCGAAUUUCGCCUCGAUACACCCCAGAGGAACAAGGCCAUCCGGCGGCUUCGCGAGCUGGAGGCUCUCGAGUAUGCUGCGGGAGGUGGCACGUACCAGGACGUUGUUAGGCGCGCUCUUCCGUCCCCACCUGAACGUAGAAGCUCUUGCCAUGACGGUGCUUCGUCCGCCACUCAGAUCCGCGGUGCGCGAGUCAGUACAGCAGCUCCUCGAUUCGGGCUUCCAUGUUGUCGGAUAUUCUGCUAUGGACGCUACGACGUUUCAAGCAUACCUGGAGCCUGCCAUACACGACCUUCCUUUGCCCAUGGUGUCCCCUUUACCGAGCGAUGCACGAGGUCUAUUCGCAACGUGUGUGGAGCAACUUCAGAGCGUUUUGGAGUACGCGUCGGCUCGACCCUCUCCUCUUGGUCCCGAUAAAAUACUUGUCGUCUCCUCGUCGUCCGUGCGCAGCUUAGAGCCAGCCACUACCAUGGGGAUAGCGACAGCGCUGGUCGCCGAGGCCGAUGAACUCGAAGUGAAGGCGCUCAAGAGAACAUAUACAGUGAGGUCAACGAUGGUGGCAUCCCUGACGGAUCUAGCGACCACGGUCUCCUCUCCAACGCUCUGGAGAAGCAGUGAUCCCCACAGCGGAAUCAAGGUCCAAAAUGUAAGGGUAGCUGGUAUGUAUCAAUUCUUUCGGGUUUUCCAAGACAGUGAUCACGUGGUGACCGCUCGUUGCAUCAACUGGCUCACAGGUGAGGAUGUCGUAGUGAAGGCCUCCAUACCGUGCGGGGCAGUGAGGAGUAUCGUAACCUACGAGGCGGCGGUAUACAAGCAACUCUCAAGCUGGCCAAACCUUGUUCCAGUCCGCUGGAGCGGGAAGACAGGGAACACCGACGUUCUUGUUAUGGACUGCAUCGGACCAAAUCUUGACGAUCUCCGCCGUGCAUGCCGAGGAAAGUUGUCUCUUCGGUCUGUGCUCAUGACCGGUAUUUCACUUUUGCACUUCGUCGAAUUCGCUCAUUCGCGCGGUGUUAUCCUACGCGAUAUCAAGCCACAUAAUUUUGCGGUCGGUGGCGUUCCGAAGGAAGCAUCCCGCAUCUACGCAUUCGACUUCGGCUUGGCCACCAUGUAUGUCAAUCCUGUGAGCGGACAACACAUACCCCUUCGCACAGGGCGUGAUCUUCGCGGAACAUGGAGAUACUGUAGCCAUUGGACGCACAAAGGCAUUGAGCCCAGUCGCCGCGAUGACAUUGUUGCUCUAGGGCACACUCUCCUCGAGCUGCUGCACGGACAGCUGCCCUGGCAAGGCAUCUCUGCUCCCAGCGUCGAGGCCAAAGUCGAGAGAAUGGGCCUUAUGAAGACACCUGGGUACCCAGCCUUUUCGGAUCUCCUCGCUCAGUCCCCUCGCGCGCUUGAAAAGUGGAUGGCUCACGCGUAUGGGUUGGAGUUCGAGCAGAAGCCGGAUUAUCGCUACCUUCUCGCUCUGCUCGAAGAUCAGUUGGCGGCAAACGGGUGGGAGAAUGAUGGGAGUUUCGACUGGGUGAAGCCUGAGUUAGCGAGCAAAGGAACGUUGUUUCCUCCGGAGUACAGGUUCAUCGUCGAUCCGAAUGCAGUGCCGGAUACGAAGAGGGCCGUUGAGCGUUUAGUUUAACGGGGCGUGGUUAUGGCUGUCUUGUGAUAUACAAUGUCCUAUGUCGCUGUUGACGGUUGCGAGAAUAAAC